AGCGAAGACCUUCAAUCUACUUGAAUCAGUUAAGUUUAUUCCAAAAUGUUGCGAUUGUUUGUCUUCAGUGUGAUUUUGGCAGUAGUCCUUGGUCAGGACAACUACUGCUCGAAGGAACUGUGCGGCAACGCCAAGCACAUUGCAUGCCAGAACAAUGGAGCCUGGUCUUCAAGCUGCCCGCAAACUCCGGCACCAUUCCUCAUCAAUAUUAACCAGACUCUAUAUCAGCACAUUUCGACUGCCCACAAUGUGAGACGCAACCGUUUGGCACUCGGAAAUUUGCCCGGCUAUAGCGCAGCCAGGCGUAUGGCCACCGUGCGCUGGAAUCCUGAGUUGGCCCUUUUGGCUCAGCUGAAUGUCAAGCGAUGCGUGCAGCAGCGGGAUGCUUGCCACAAUACCAAUACCUUCUCGAACAGUGGACAGAACGUGGCAUUGAUUACCUAUCCAGGCGACUGGACAACCAAGCCGAACCAGGAGCUCGUUACACAGGCCAUACACUCCUGGUGGCUGGAGUACGCCAAUGCCAACAUGGCAGUCAUCAAUAGCUAUCCCAACAACUGGACUGGAGCCACAAUUCGUAACUUUGCUACGAUGGCCCAGCAGAGAAACUACGCCGUCGGCUGUGCUGCUGCCAGAUACUUCAAGGAUAGCCUGAAUCACUUCCUGUUCGCCUGCAACUAUGCCGUGGACAACGAAGCCGGAGUGCCCGUCUAUGUAGCGGGCGUUACAGCCGCUGGUUGUCAGCAGGGCACCAACAUAAACUUCCCAGGCCUCUGCAAGUUUGCCGAGACUAAUUUCGAUGUAUAAGCUCACUGAAGUUUAACAAACACCAACAAAAUUCCAUGUAUAAGAUCACUAAAUAAACACUAGUAUGAUCAUUAUAAAAUUACUAAAAUAUCACAAAAAUAAAAAUUACGAAAAAGUAAA